AUGAGAAUCACACCUGUGGGCUCUGAUCCUCCCACCUCCUGCUGCUUCUCCUAUGUCAGCCAACAGUUCCCCAGAAAAUCUGUGACAGACUAUUAUGAGACCAGCAGCCUGUGUUCCCAGCCAGCUGUGGUGUUCCAGACCAAAAGAGGCCGGCAGGUGUGUGCCAACCCCAGUGAUGCCUGGGUUCAGAGCUAUGUGGAAGACCUGGAGCUGAACUGAGGGGCUCAGGGCCCUUAGAUGAUGAAUCUUUAAGGGAAAUGGACCAAGCUGAGGAAUUCCAAAGGCAGAUGUAAUCUCCCCAAACUCUAGCCUUCUGGAAUUCUUUUCCCCAAUUCCAAUUAGUUCUUAUC